AUGUGCAAUUUCUGCAAUUUCUGCAACGCCAUCUUGAUCGAUAUAGUUAAAAUGGUUCGCGUUUCUCUCUCAGUUUCUGCUCUCAUUGGUGCUGUUGCGCUUGCUUCGGCGGCGCCGGCGCCGUUGCCAACGGUAGAUCUGGGAUACGGGUUGUGGAGUGCCUCGAUUAACGACACUGGGAAGCACCCUUACUACACGUUCAGUAACAUCAGAUACGCUGUCCCGCCAGUUGGCGAUCUGCGCUUCAGAGCCCCCGUCCCGCCGAAACACAGGAACACGACUGUCAACAAUGGAUCGGGCAAUCCCAUCUGCCCUCAAGCCAACCCAGCAUGGCUCUUGACUGCCCAGGCGUUUCUGACGGGAACGCCCAUUGAGAACCUAACCAGGCCCGGCUCGGGCUCUGGCUCCGGCGGCGGCUUCAGUUUGGAUGACAUUCCAAAGCCAGCCGCAGGGACGACUGAAGACUGCUUGUUUUUGGACGUUUAUGCACCAAAGUCGAUCUACGAUGCUCCAAAAGUGGAGAACAAGCAGAGCGGUGCCCCAGUACUUGUCUGGAUCUACGGUGGCGGAUACACUGCAGGUUCCAAGACGGGAAGCGGCAAUCCCGCCACUCUCCUUGACAGUGCCAGAGAUGGUGAUGAGAAGGGAAUCAUCUUUGUAGCUCUGAACUACCGAUUAGGCAUGUUCGGAUGGCUGUCCGGACCUACGUACCAGGCGAGCGGUACUGCCAAUAUCGGCCUGCACGAUCAGCGUUUGGCGCUCGAGUGGGUUCAAAAGAACAUCCACCUCUUCGGCGGUGACCCAAACCGUGUCACAGUAAUCGGUGAAAGCGCCGGCGGCGGAUCUAUUAUGCACCAGAUCACCGCCUACGGUGGGCUGAAGGGCAAGGUCCCAUUCCAACAGGCCAUCGUGCAGAGCCCCGGAUGGGUCCCAAGCCCGAGCAACUACCAGAACGAGGCCGUCUUUCAGAAGACCCUCAGCUUCGCAUCUCUCAUCGCCCAGAAGCAGGUCGCCACGGUCGAUGAUCUUCGCAAUCUAACGACUGAGCAACUGUACUACACCAACUACGCCGUGACGGGUCUUUCCAACUACGGUACAUUCACCUACGGCCCAACCGUCGACGAAGACUUCGCCCCCAAGCUCCCCGGCGAACUGCUCCUCCAGGGCCAAUUCGAUAAGAGCCUCAAUGUCAUGCUGGGCCACAACUCCGAAGAGGGCUUCCUCUUCGCCUCCCCCUUCGUCACCAGCGACACCACCCUCAAGGAGUACCUCCAAGGCUCCGUCCCAGCCAUCCUCCCCACGGCCCUCGACACCAUAGUCACGGACCUCUACCCCCCCAACUUCGACGGCUCCCUCCCCUAUACCACGCAGCUCUCCCGCACCUCCGUCCUCGUCUCCGAAUCAGUCUUCACCUGCAACACGCGCGCCCUCAACCUCGCCUACGGCAACAACACGUACAGCUACUACUUCCGCGUCCCUCCCGGACUACACGGCGAGGACGUCGCAUACACUUUCUUCAACGGGGACACAUCGACGUUGAACCAGGGGUUUCCGGUUGAUAGGACGGUGGCGGAGGCGUUGCAGGAUUAUAUUACGAGUUUUGCGAUGAAUGGGAAUCCGAAUGAGAAGGGCGUGCCGUUUUUCCCGCUGUAUGGGGGGAAUUCGAGUACCCAGGUCAUUGAUAUUGGGAAGUUGGGAACGCAGAUAACGGAUACGACAGCGAAUAAGAGGUGUGCAUGGUGGCAGGAGGGGUUGUAUUAUUGAGUAAUGAGUAGUGAUUAUGGAUGAGGGGUGAUGAUGAUGUGGUAGAGGGCCAGAGGUAAAUGCAAUAUAUGAGUUUAUCGACAUUUUCUGGCCCAUGUUCAUUGGAGCACUGGCUCUGCUUCUAGAUCGCCCAGACGGCUCCAUUGAUAUGAGUUGGCAUAGCUUCAGGUGCUCGAGAUAAUUUCGCCUGAGCGAUGGGUGCUGAAGGUUGGAACAAGACAGCCCAUAGCUGAUAGAAUCGUGCCUGGAGGUUAGGCUGUGAAGGAUUCAGUAAAAGCUGCUCUUCACGUACUUGAAAUGUGAAUAAACACUUACUACUAUAUCUAUUGCUAGAAGAAGCUGGUCAGAUGUGACGGUCUGCUCGCUGCCAUCCCCUGUUAGGCUGUUGACUAACGCCUCAGUCAACUCUUUGUCUGCCGGACUGGCAUCUACGAAAUCGCCCAAGUGGCAAAACGACCUCCAUUUCUCUUUGUUCAAUCUUAUUCUCAGCAACAAAUACUUCAAGGUCGAUACAACUUCCCGCUUCACCUCUCUUUGCGUCAAGGUAGUCUCCCUAGCAAACAGGUUCCAUGCCACAACCUCGAGCUGUUCUGGUGACGGAGCCGCGUGCAUAAAUUGAGGCACAACCAUGAUCAAAACAUCCAUAGCAUCACUCAAGGCAGAAGUCAUACCAUUUUGCUGAUUUAAUAGCUGAGUUGUAGUCUCUGGGACCCCAAUGCUUCGGAACAUGCGUUCAAAAUUGGCUCUGCGGAAGAAUGCUGCAUCGUUGCGCCAGAACCACUCAAGUAACAGGGUGCCAAGGAGGCCGUCACAUUGGAAGGCUGUGAGCAAGACUGCGCGUUGGAAGGCUUCAAAAUCGACCUGUCCAUGUUGAGAGUCCCGGGGAAAUGGAUGAUAGGCGUAAAAAUGGAAACUUCUCCAAAGAAGCUGGAGCGCGGCGUCGGAGAUUACAGAUUCGGAAUGGGUGCUUCGUACAUGUCUUGUGAGGCUUUCUUCAUUCUAGUCUGAUAUCCCAUAAGCAGUUGCUUUACCAGAUGAGAAGACAAAACUUGCAUUUCUGCUGGGAUGGGCCCUCGGUGCAGUACUUAUAAAAUGUAGUUUGCAGAUGCUCUCGCUCCUUGAACCCGCUCAGUUACGGCGAAAGUACCUUGCUAAGGUCUCGAGCAACCGACUCUAUUCUGAGUUAGAUACAUCUCGCAAUAGACUAGAUAUCUGCAACUAUUAACCUACCGCAUGUAGCGUCAUCGAGAUAUUUCUUCACCUUUCGAUUCUCUGGUCCUAGGGCAACAUCAUUGAUGAUGUUGACUAAUGCUGCAAACAUUGUAUUAAUUGCAGUAUAGACAAGAAGCAGUAAGCUUUAUUGAAGUAGACGCUGAC